AUGCUGCUGAUACUCACAGACGGGUGUAGCGAGAUGGUGAAGCUGCUGCUGAGGAGGGGCGCAGCAAUUCGAAGGCCCGCAAAAGAUAAUAUGACGGCUUUGCAUUUUGCUGCUCAAAAGGGGCAUCAACAAGUCCUUGAAAUCCUUCUUCUUAAAGGGGCAUCAGUAGAUGCGCGUCUUUCUCGAGGGGGCAGGACAGCUCUGCAUUUGGCGUGCAAAGCAAAGCAGUUUGAAUCUGCAUUAACUCUAAUAGAAUUCGGAGCUAAUAUAGAGGCUCAGACAACUCAAGGCGAAACUGUCUUAGACUGGGUCUCCCCGGAAAUUGUUGCACUUCUUAAAAAAGCAGCAGCAGCAGCGUUAGAUAGAAAGCCAAAAGCUGCUGCUGCAGCAGCAGCAGAAGCAGAGCCUGAAGCAGCAGCAGAGCCUGCAGCAGCAGCAGGAGCAGCAGCAAAACCUGCAGCAGCAGCAGCAGCACAGACAGCGAGGAAGAGGCGGCGGGAGCAGCGAAGCAGCAGACAGGCAGAGCCAGCAGCAACAGCAGCAGCAGAAUCUGCAGCAGCAGCAGAUGCUGCUGCUGCUUCUGAUCCUCCUGCUGCUGAUGCUCCUACUGCUGCUGCCCCUGCUGCUGAUGCAUCAGCAGCAGCAGCAGCAGCAGCAGCAAAGAAACCUAAAGUAGUUUUAACUGUGCUGCAGGAGGAAGCAGAAGAAAGAGAUGUAUGA